AUGCAGACCUCUUCACGCUCAGGAAUCCAAUCUGCACGGCAAAGUAGUGCUCCAGGCACUCGGCCCCAUCAGUGUGCCUUCUGUCGCAAACGAUUUACAAAGACUGAACAUCUUUGCCGACAUCUCCGGACUCAUACAGGCUCCCGGCCGUUCGAAUGUUCAAAAUGUCAUAAGCGCUUUGGUCGACAGGAUACGCUCUCACGGCAUAUGCGCAUACAUGCAUAUUCUGCAGAGAACGAAGGGCCGCAGUACAGCCAAGCAGCUUUACAGGCUGGGAGCUGCUUCGAUGCCAGCUCAUCUGAGUUCUUGGAAGGGUUGGGUCUGCUCUCCCCUCCUGAUGUUAUUACCACAGCUUCUGGCCAGGAGCUCUGUCAGUCGAUUUACUCUCAGUCAACAUAUAUGGACCUCCAUGAGAAUAUGGAGUCUGUUCUUCCAGACUUGGAGCUGUGGCCGAGUAUAAUGACAGAGGGACCCUCACCAACAAUCUCCGCGCUACCUUCUGGAUCAGACCAAGGUCUGAAGCUUGGAGAUGGAGAUGAUAGGUUACCAACACGGGGACGUCGGGCGGUUCAGGAACUAGCUUACUCCAUACGCGAAAUGUCACAGAGUCUUGCAUCCGACACUAGCACUCUACUUUCAGACCCUUCUUACCUCGAAACAUGCAUCCAUAUGUUUUUCGCGCGGUUCAUUCCGGUUAUACCGGCGAUCCAUAUGCCAACUUACGCGGCUACGGAGCCUACCUAUCCAUUGCUGUUAACAAUGAUGGCCGUCGGGUCUUCAUUCAUUACAGAAGAUAGGUCUUCAACCGCCAAGAUUGGGCAUAUCGGGGACCACACCCUUGACAGUUCAAUCAUGACAAUCACUUUUCUUGGGCAAUGCUACGCCAUGUUAUCCGGGAAAAGGGACCUGCGAGAAUCUGGCUUGAUGUGUAUAGCUACAGCCUUUCAGAGGAUCAGACGGGAGGGACUGUACGAAGCAUCUUCUCGCCUUCGUUUUGCAGCAUCCAUCCACGAGUCCUCAUCAGAAAAGGAGAAGAGAUGGAAAGCUUGGGCGUCUCAAGAGUCCUUUCGCAGGUCGAUCCUUGGCUAUUACAUUCUAGAUGGGCUAAUGACCGAUCUUUCUGGCCGACCAACAACCGUCCGCCACAUCAGCAACAUGCUACCCAUACCGUCUGACGACUCUCUAUUCUAUGCAUCGACUGCGGAUGAGUGGCUGACAGAACUCCAGAAACAGAAAGAGGAUGGACUGACGUUUAGUGAAGUGUACGAGUCGCUUCUGGAAGGGAAGCCUAUCAAGGACAGACCCCUUUCCUAUCUCACUGUUCGAGUCAUCCUGGAAGGUAUUCACUCCUGUGUCAGCGAUCAUAAGUCCAAUAGCGGCCAUGUUGCUAAGGACAUUCCCUCCCGUGGUUCUUUAUAUAAAAUCCUCAUCCAGCUGCGCUCAGACCAUAUCUUGCGCUUGUCUGCUUCGGACAAAGUCGAGCAUGAGAUUCGGUGGCAUGUUAUCUGCAUUAGUCUGGUCAUAGACUUACAAGAGCUCCAGCAGCAGUUAAAUAAUCCUCUUCAGGAGUCAUUUGCUGGAUUCGUCGAUAGUUGGUUGGGUUCUGCGGAUUUGCGCUGUGCGCUUCUUCAUUCGACGGCCAUCCUCGAUCUCUGUCAGCAACUCUCAUUUGGCCGCUCGCACUGCAUUCAUAUUCCUUCCGCUCUCUUUGCCGCGACAACCGUUUAUAUCAGUAUACUCCACUGCCUCUACCGGGCAAAGGAGAAGCAAUGCCUAUGGAUUCCACAGGUCUCCGACUGGGAGGAUGUUCGCCGUGUUGUCUACAAUGACCCCCCUGUUCUUGACACGACACAAGACAUGUCAGGGGUCAUCACUUUUCUGACUUGUCCUAUCGCAGAACAGGUGGCGAAACUGCCUGUACGGAACCUGCGCGGUGAUGUUACCACGAUGCUGGGUCUACUCCAACAACUUGGUGUCUAUAUGGGUAUUUCGCGCGAAUUUAGUCAGACUGUAACCGGAUGGCUUUCACGCGUGCAAUCCGGAUUAUGA